AGUCCACCCCCUUUUUACGGGGCCGGAACCAAACAGCGGAACCCGGACGUUUUCCAUGUCAACACUUACUGUAGUGUUCUGCUUUUCAAACCAGGAAGAUGGAUUUGCUGUCGAACAAAUGGAUUGUUAAUUUGCUAGUUUGGUGGUUUUUCAUCGGUGUCAGCUGUAACUCAGUGGAAAAGAAGAUUUAUGUGCAUCUUAAUUACACUGUCCCGUGUGUGCGACUGCUCAAUGCAACACAUCAAAUAGGCUGCCAGUCCUCUUUGUCGGGUAAUGUGGGUGUGCUCCAUGUGCUCGAGUCGGAGGAAAACCUGGACUGGGUCCUGCGCUCUGGUCCCAAUCCUCCUUAUCUGGUUAUCCUGGAGACCCAGCUCUUUACCAGAUCCAUCAUGAUGAAGUUGAAGAAUGGCUCCAGCAGGGUGGCUGGCGUUGCUGUUGUGGCGCCAAACAAAAACCCGCCUGAGGGCUUCUCUCCACACACCACCUGUCCCAACGAGAAUACAGGCGUGUAUUCAGAGAACUACGAUCCAGCCUUGGCCCAUUGUAAUGUGACAGUGUGGAACCCUUUGGGAAACGGUUUGUCCUAUGAAGAGUUUGACUUUCCCAUCUUCUCUCUGAAAGACGACAAUGACACUCAGGUCAUACGGCAGUGUUACUUGGACCACAACCGUGCCGCGAACGGCAGCACUCCUCAGUACCCGCUGUGCGCCAUGCAGCUCUACUCCCACAUGUCAGCCGUCACCGACACGGCCACCUGCAUGAGGAGAAAUGAUAUCAACUUCAGCAUCAGUCCAGAGAUGGUUUGUGACCCAUUGGGUGACUUUAAUGUUUGGGCCUCCACCAAGCCUCUCAACAACACAGCCAAGGGCCACAAGAUGUGGGAGAGUGUGGUCAUAGCAGCAGCCAGGUUGGACAGCAGGUCUUUUUUCUUUGACGUUGCUCCAGGAGCAGAGAGUGGAGUGUCUGGGUUUGUCACUCUGCUGGCGACCGCUCAUGCUCUGCGAAAUGUCACCCAGGAGGCCCAACCUAACCGCACCAUCCUCUACACCUUCUUUCAAGGGGAAACCUUUGACUACAUUGGCAGUUCGAGGAUGGUGUAUGAUAUGCAGAACAAUCAGUUUGCCGUGGACUUGGACAAUGUUCACUCAGUACUGGAGAUUGGACAGGUGGGACUUCGUGCAGACUCCAGGCUGUGGCUUCACUCUGAUCCUGUGUCUAGGAAGAACAGCAGUGUCAAUGAUGAGGUGAAGAAGCUCAUUAAAAACUUGGACUCGGCUGCCACAAAUUUAAGCGUCUCAGUGGAAGAGCCAAAUUUCAGUCAGCCACUCCCACCCUCGUCCUUCCAGCGUUUCCUGCGAGCUCGGCAAAUCCCUGGUGUUGUUAUUGAGGAUCACCAGUCUGCUUUCACCAAUAGGUUCUAUGAGAGUAUGUACGAUAAUGCAGAAUACCUGAACAUAUCUUACCCACCAAACCUGACGCCAGAGGAGCAGCUAGAGUUCGUCACUGACACUGCUAAGGCUCUGGCUGAGGUGGCCACCAUGGUGGCCCGGGCUCUGUACAUGCAGGCAGGAGGAGCAGAAACCCAGCUGAGCAGCAUUAACGCAGACCCUCAAAUAGUGACCCGAAUGCUGUACGGUUUCCUUGUUCGGUCAAAUAACUCCUGGUUCCAGCAACUAGUCCCCUCUGACCUCAUGAGCCAUCUGACUAAUAGGCCCACAAACUUCUAUGUCAGCGUGGCCCAGCAACCCAGCGAACCGACCAUUCUGGUCCAGUACCUGCUGGCUAACCUGACUGGUAGCACCACCAACAUCACCCAGGACAACUGCCAGAACCAGAGAGAGGAUGAGAAGGACAAAGAGAGCAAACAUAUGUACUAUUACUUGUGGGUUCAAGGCGCGGCGCCUCCCAACAGUACUGAGAGGGAGGGUUUCUGCGUACGCUCCACAGUCCGUCUCUCCAAAGCGCUGUCCCCAGCCUUUGAACUGCGGGAGUACACCUCCAAAGACUAUUCGACAUGGACAGAAUCCAGGUGGAAGACCAUAAAAGGACGCAUAUUCCUGGUGGCGAGUCACGAACUGGAGAUGUUGACGCUGGGCGUGGGUGUCGGUGUGCUCAUAACAUCCCUGCUGCUGACGUACAUCAUCAGCUCGAAGGCCGACAUGCUCUUCAGCUCGGGGAGGGAGCCCGCAAACGCCACCUACUGAUCCCACGCAGAGGCAACGCAGGCCCACGACCACCACCACCACCACCACCACUACUACUAUUACUACUACAACUACUACUUCUAUCCCAACCAGACAUGGACAGGUUCUUUUCUUUAAAACACAACACGAGUAGGUACACAAGACAGGUUAGACACAGCAGCAGAGGAUUUUUUUUUUUUGACGACAACGACACCGACACCAUGUUUAUGGACUCACUCGGGUGAGGCGUGACAUGAGGACUGGACUGGACUGGAUUGGCCUGGAUGGAUCUGGACUUUACAGGGUCAGAAAAACACUGGUCAGGCACCAGCAGGCCUUGCCAGGGGAAAAGAUGUUUAUAUUCCUUUUUUGUUUUUGUUUUAGGUUUUUGUUUUCCCUUUUUAUUGUCAAAGAAUGUUUUGUUUACUGUGUCAUGGGAUAGGCACUAAACAUUGAGCAUUAUUUUGAGUUUGUGUGUAUGAUUGUGAAUAUGUAAAUGUGACUUGAGUGUGUGAGCAAUUGACUAUGAUUCAGUGUGUACGAACAAUUGUGUGUGUGCGUGGUUGAACUUUGUAUGAGGAUUGCGAUGGUAUGUGCAAUACUGUAGCUGUCUUCUCUGUCAAUGUAGUUAACUUAUCAGUCAGUUGUAAUGAUAAGAAACCACUUUUUGAGUCAAUGAACAAUUAGUAAAAAUUUAAAUGUAAGGUUUUGCAAAAUCUGGAAAUGUGUGGUGAAAUAUUUUGAUAAGUUCUAGGUCCUGGGAAGUUGACAACAAUCCUAAAUAUUUAUAUUGUUCAGUCCCAGUACACAUUUAACUACAUACAUGUGUAUGUAGUUGUAUACCCACUGCAGUUUCACAUAUUGUGAUAUUUGUGUGGAGAAGAAGAAUUUCCCAAGGAGUCUGGCGUGGCUGACACACACUUUACUUCAUAUCAAUCAGCUGCCAAAAAAUUGUCAAAUCCAGUCAGAAAAUCUUGUGUUUUUUGACACUGAAAAUGCGCUGGUACUCUGGCUGUGCACUCUUUUUUUUCUUUGGUUCGUACCUUUUCCACAAGGUUUCUUUUAAUAACUUCAGAAAAUUGUGACAACACACAAGGUUUUCAUUUUUUUUUUGCUGAUGGAUGUUCAUUUAAUGGCUGGAAUCAAUGACCAAUUGUGAUGCCUUGGUGAAGAAAUAAACAUUGCUUCUUUUCCA